AUGCGCUGCCAGACGACGAUCUCAUGGCAGAUCCCGCGAAACCUCUCGGAGAUUCACACCAUCGCGGGCUCUGGCACGAAAGGGCAGCGGGACGGUGCCGCCGCCAGCGCGAGCUUCUCGUCGCCCUGCGCGGUGCUGGAGCUGGGAGCGGCCGUCUGCGUGCUGGAGGAGGCCCACCCGGGUACCGUGCGCAUCAUCGAAGGAGGCAUAGUGAUGUCGGUGACUUUGCCAAUGGGAAAGCACAACAUGAAGGACUGCGCCGCCUUUGCGGCGGAUGCCCAGACGGCAGAGGCCGCGUUCCUGGCGCACUCGGGAGGCGUUUGCCGGCUCUUCAAAGCGGGGGAAUGGAAGGUGGAGACGGUGCUGGAGAUGAAAGGCAUCACUGGCUUGACCCAUCUGUGGGGCGCAGAUGAUCUGCACGGCUUCGUGCUGAGCCGCAAAGACUAUCGCCUCAGCUUCUGGGACGCAGCGAAAGGAGGCGCUGCGAACAUGGCGGGCCAGGUCAUGAGCCGCGGGGCUGUGGAUGGCAUGGGCACCGAGGCGCGCUUCAGCGCGCCCGGGCAGCAGCUGGUGCUAGGGGACGGCUCCUUGCUGGUGGCGGACGGGCGCGCAGUGCGGCGCCUGGAGACACUGGCGAUGAGGCAGACAGAGUUCGAGCGGGCGGCCAUGGGCCUGGAGCGUGCCACGCAGCUGGCGGCCCAGCGCGCGGAGCAUCUGAAGGUGGCCUGGGACGAGGCCUUGGAGCUGCUCGCGGGGCCGCUCACUGAGACCUGUGCUGCGAGGCACCGUCUCUGCGAGCGGAACCACGCCGCGGAGCUGGGGCGCUGCGAGGAGGCGCCGCUGGCGCUGGUGCUGGCGGCGCCCAGCGUGGCAGCGCUGGAGCCGGCGCUGCAGAGGCUGCCGCGGACGCGGCGGUUCUCCGCGGAGGUGGCGAAGGCGCUGCAAACGAAGCUCGCCAACUACUUCUGGCCGCCCAGCAGGCAGCCGGCAGGCGCUGGGUUUCUGCAGGCUGACCUGGAGGCUUUGCAGCGCAUGGUGGCAGGCGGCGUACUGAGCGCCGACGCGGCGGUGGUGGCGAUCGACGGCCCCUGGUUCUCACGCCAGGUCGGCUUCGUGCCUGCACUGGUGAGCCUCUUUGAGACCAUGCACAAGUGCUUCUUCGAGCGACAAGUGAACCUGGCCAUGGUUCGAUGGGCCUUGCGUCGCUACGUCCGCAGCAGCUUCACGCGUGUGGCGAAGGAGAUGCAGGACAGAGGCGCGGACGACGCGGCGAUGUCCAAGGCCUUCGGGCAGUGGCUAGUGGAGAACCUUCAGCCACUGGACCAGGAGCUGGGCUCGGCGCCCGGGCUUCCGUGGCUCCUGGAGGAUCUUCUGUCGGAGCACCUGGUGGGAGACAGCGUGGAGUCGCGGACCUGGUUCCUGCAGCAGAACGCGGUGUUCGAUGCGCGUUUCGACUCGCUGGGACCCAGCCUGGCGCUGCUUCUGCGCCGUGUGGCUGCUGAUCUGCCCAUGCGCCGAGUGGUGGAGGCCGUGUAA